CAUGCGCUGUCUUGCCAGCCUGGCCCUGACCCUGCUCGCCCUGAAGGCUGCCCUCGCGCUGGCCCCGGCCCUCACCUUGCCAGGGCAGGCCGUGUGCCCAGAGCUCAGCUCCUCCUCCGAGGAUUCCUGCACAAUCUCCUGUGUCAACGAUGAGAACUGUCCCCAAGGCACCAAGUGCUGCGCCCGGAGCCCCUGCAGCCGAUCCUGUGUGGUGCCCCUCAUCGUGCCUGUUCCAAAGGCUGGCCGCUGUCCCCGGGUGCAGGCCCCGCCGGCCCCUAAGCUCUGCUUAGAGAGAAACGAGUGCUCCAGGGAUGACCAAUGUAUGGAGAACCAGAAGUGCUGCUUCAGCUCGUGUGCCAUGAGGUGUAUGGUCCCCACCACAGGGUCUCCGCAGGUCCCUGAGGGCAGUAAGACACAGGAGAGGGCGGGGGCUCAGGCAGCAGUGACCCAGGGCUGCAACAGCUGCAGGCCUCUGCAGGCACUUGAUGCCGUUGGGUUAGAGUGGGUCUCAGACUAG